GAAUCGAGUACUAUCAGUUACCCUAUUGAUUGGACAGAUGAAGAUGGUUUGAAUAAGAAUUUUCAUGCAGAAUAUUUACAAGAAUUUAUUGAAACAUUUUAUCGACGAAUUGUUGAACUUAUUGAUCGUGGAGUAGCACAACAAAAACGUUUAGCUACAAAUAGAGUAUAUACAGAAAUAUUAAUAAAUUUGAUUGAAUGUCUAAAACGUGAUAAUCCAUUUAUGAUUCGUCAUGUUGUGUAUGUGUAG